AUGAUCAUUAACGGUAUCCCGGAAGGAGCACUGCUGGAAAUUCUGUCUGUGGUCCCUGCUUGUGAUCUUAUCCUGCACUGUCGGCUCGUCUGCACACUGUGGAGGGAUAUUAUUGACUCUCCGGCCUUGUGGAAAAGGAAGUCUCAGCAGGAUGGACUUGUCUCUAAGCAUUGCCAAAGAAUUCCACCUGACUGGAGGAUGUUCUACUUCCUCCAUGAGAAAAAGAGGAAUUUACUUAAAAACCCCUGUGCUGUAGAGGGCUUCCAGCACUGGGAAUUAGAAGAAAACACUGGGGACCAGUGGAAAGUUGAACAGCUCCCAGGAGACCAUGGACAACCAUUUCCAGACGAAAAUGUUAAAGAUUACUAUGUUGCCUCUUAUGGAAUGUGUAUAAAAAGCCAGCUCAUUGACCUAGAGAAGGAGGGAUAUCCUGAGCGAUGGUUGGAUGUCAUGCAGCCGGAUAUAGUCAUAAGGGACUGGUAUGCCGCCAGACAUGACUGCGGGUCUAUGUAUGCCUUAUGUGUGCAGCUGCUGUCUAAGGAGAAUACCAUUAUCCAUGAGUUUCUUCCGGAUCAGAUUUUCAUAGAGCAGUGGAGUGAUGCCAAGUGGUCUCAGGUUGAAUACAGAUUUAAAAACUAUGGUCCAGGAGUCAGAUACAUAUAUUUCCAGCAUGGGGGAAAGGACACCCAAUUCUGGGCCGGCUGGUACGGCAUUCGAGUUACUAACAGCAGCAUCACUAUUGACCCAGGAGACCUCAGCAUGUAG